AUGAGACUCAUGGACUUGGAGCAGGACCAAACGCCGGUGCUGACCCAGCGUAUGCUGGCACGGAAUGUGGCGCCGGAAGAUGUGGCAGACAUUUUACAGAUUCCACUUUGUCAGGUUCAGGAUGUGAAAGGGGCGAUGGAGCUGACGGACUCCACGCGUUACGAUGAGGAGAAUGAAGACCUCCCGGCUGACGAAGAUGAGGAGGUAGUGGAUGAGGAGCCCUUCUCCCCUGUAUCUAUGACCCAAGCCGUCUUUGUGUCGCCGGAUGUUGAGCCCGGCAACGGAGCCGCAGACUUUACACCUGAAGCAGAUGAGGUUAUAGCCAUUCCGGCAGCGGCAGUGCCGGAACCAAAGUCUCCAACUCCCAAAGCACCACACCUGCGCGCGGGACCGGCAUUUGAGUGUCGCCGCUUUCGACCUCGGCCGAGCUCGGCACCGAGCCGGCUACGGCGAAGACCGCAGGAGGUGAGCGAGUGUAUGCAUCGCAUCAAGCUCCACGUCUUCCAGCGCAAAAUCCGGCCAAAAGAGUUUUUCAAAGACUUUGACAAGCUGAACUAUGGCAGGUGUACUCGAGACCAGUUUCUUCGGGGGCUGACGGGUAUUAUGGCCCCGCGACAACUCCACGACCCGCAGAUGCCAAUCGAUACAGAGGUUUUGGCCGAGCAUUUCGAGUUCUUCCCCCGUCUUGCCGGCCAGCCUUUCCUGGUGGAUUUCGGCCGCUUCUGCCUGGAGGUAGAAGCUGUCUUUACAUCGCACUUCUUGGAGAAGACGCCGCGUGCGGAAGUUCAUCCACCAGGGCAUGAUGUGGUCAAGAGCUUUGAUCCGAAGCCUCCGGCAGAUCCUGAAAGCUACCAGAAGCUCCUCCAGCGAAUCGGUGUCCUUUGCGAAGCACGAGGUAUCAACUUGGCCACCUCACUGGAUGACAGCUACUGGUCCAGCCUCGAGGCGCGCGCUGGACGGAUCCAGCCUGACCACUUCCUCAG